UUCAUCACUUCUCAGGUAGAACAGAUUACCACCAGUACUCCGGACCUUGUAGGGUAAGAUUUGAUUACCCUUUUGAUGGAGACAUCAAUCACAAUCACUAGCCUGUGACCAAUUAGAUCAGAGGCAAUUGCAUUGCUCUCUUAGUUGUGGAGACCACUGCUUGACAAUUCUGGGAACCUUACCUUUGGAAUGCCGCACCGGACAAACAUGAUUUUGAAACAUUUGACAUUUCUCUUGGUUCUACAAUACUUUAUUCAUUUGGUCGCACCAGAGGUUGCAGCUAAUAAAGCUCUCCCUGCGCCACUCAACCUGUCAUUGACGUGGGCGACUGAAUUCCUUAUAAAGCUGUCGUGGAAUGCACCAAAGGAUUUAGACGCAUCAUGCAAGGUGAACUACAUGAUCACUACAAGGAUCGGACAGAGGAGACCCCAAGCAGAGACAACUUUCAAAUUGUAUAAAGUGAAAAGACUCUCUAUGGAAGAUGCAGUGAAUUACACAGUGCAAACAAACCCCAAACACUGUACCGGCAGAACCAUAAGCAAACCUGUCAACCAAUCCAUCACUAAACCCACAGAGUUGGUGAAGAACUUCCAGUGUUCCCUCUACUCCUCUAAGGCCAUGAACUGCAGCUGGCUUCCAGCCAAUCAGGCCUCAGACCUCCAGCUGUACUACGGGUCCCCUGGUGACUCCCACAUAGCAGCAUGCAGUGAGUACCAGUACAGAGCUGCUCAGAGGACAGGAUGUCACCUGAGAGGAGCCUUCCUUGAAUAUGACGUCUACUUCCUGGUCAAUGGGACUCUCAAUGGCUCGUAUGUACGGAAUAACUUCCUGGUGCUUCCUAGAUAUCAUGUCAAGCCCCCGGCCCCUAAGGUGAAGAUCACAGAGGAAGGGAAGAAUCUCAUCCUGAGCUGGGACCCUCCGGACAUAGGCGCUAGCCACUGCUGGAAUUACAUCUUAAACUACAACAAGUGUCAAGAGUCUCUGAGUAAGGAAAUACAAUUCGAACAUGUACCAGUGAAGGUUCCAUAUGACCGGAGAUGCCAGUACAGAGUGCAGCUGAAAGCAGUCUAUCAGAAAGGGUGUGGGGACGGAGGCAGCGACUGGAGCGAAGAGGAAAUCUACGACACAGAACAACGCUUUUCCCCAAGAUUCCCCCAAGGACCAUAACUGCACUGCUGAAGAGUGUCAGGAGUGGGAGCUCCGCAUUCGAUCAUAGAUCAGCACUCCUACUGAGACCAUUCUUGUCUGCAACAUUUCCUCUCUCUAUACCUCUCUCUUUCCUUUCUUCUGUACUGCUCAAGCAGCUCUGGAUUUCUGUACAGUUACGCUCUAUGCUUCUCCACCCUAGCUUAUGACACAGCCUGGCAAGAAGUUUAUCUGCCAAGGUAACAAGAAGUUUAGAUUAAUCAGAUUGUUCUACAUUAUUGCACAACCCCUAAAGGGGCAGUACACUCAAAAAUGUUACAUUUGGCAGAUGUUUUCAUACCUCUAAAGUAAUCUUAUGUCUCAAAAGUAGACUUAAAGGGGGGAUAGUUCACCCAAAUUACAAAAGUACAUUGGAUUCCUUACCCUGUAAGCAGUCAAUGUACAAUGCAAGACAGCAAACCAUGCUUUGGUUUUGUUUAGCAUUUAUAUCACAAAACCAGUGCAAGUGGAUAUCCCCGAUUUAUAAGCAUUUUCACAUUCAUGUCGAAAUCAUCCCAGUGUCAAAAAUGGAUUGUCUAGCUCAAUAAAGUUAGUUUAAGAUGAUUUGGACAUGAAAUAUGCUAAUAUCACAGAUAUUCACUUACAUUGGUUUUCUGCUAUAAAUGUUAAAAAGAUGGAGACAGUGACCAGGUAAGCAAAACCCAAGCAUGGAUUGAUGUCUUCUCUUGUUCAUAGACUGCUUACAGGGUAAGGAAGCCAGCAGCAUACCACCCUGCACCCUACUGCUGGCUUGCCUCUGAAGCUAA